AUUAUGCGUAGUUAGGAAUUUAUCGCAAAAUACGUCCUGAACUCUGUUUUUUUCUGUGGAAGAAGUGAAUAAGGUGCGAGUGACUUUGGAUUAUCGCAGAAGCCUUCUUUGCAGCGGCAAGGCUGACGUUACUGCGACUGAACUGAGGAGCGAGGGUGGGAAAGCCCGAUGGAUUUGUGACAGGAGGGGUAGAAUGCUGAGCUAAAAUGUCUCAAAAUAAACGGAUGACUCCCUCAAAAGAAACCUACAGCAAAGUCUCAAGUCUGCUUUGCUCGCAGUGGGGUUUAAAUAAAAACGCUAGCUAACUACGCCCUGAGCAGUCUUUUAAAAGACAGGGUGCAAACCAACAAGCAGUUGCGGGUUGCUGAAAUGACUUGCACGCUGCAGAAGCGGUGAAAAAAUAAACUGCAUUGCCGAGACCGGUUUUUACUAGGAUUUGGACCUCGACUCCUGACAUCUGGAAGUUCGGAUGCAAGUAAAUGACUGGUUUGAGCUACAGAAUCCGGAACCUUAUGACGGGCUUUUCUGGCCGUGUGGGUCCUGCUUACUCCAGCUACCGACUCCCACACAAAAAAGAACCGUGUCUGUGCCGCCGUGAGUGCAGUGCCGCAGCUAGCGUUAGCUGCUAGCUCCACAUCUCAGCUGGCAACUGCCCGAGGUUAAGCUAUAGCAGUCUUCGUGAAACAUAAAGAAGGCAUCUGAAUGAUUUUGGAGAAAGCUGAGUGAAUCGCUCCCGAGGAAACCGAGUUUGGGACAGGGGGCCUGUACCUUUCAAAAUAUAUAUAUAUAUAUAUCUGUGAUCCUUCGGACGGUGUGGAUUUACUGUAGUCCGUGGCUGGCUGAACAGUCCUGUACGAAAACAGCGUAAGAUCUUUACGUAGAAUACGUGUUUUCCUAGGGAAGCAUUGGAUGACAUUGCAGUCUUUUCCCUUCCAUCUGGCCCCGGUGGUUGGGGUUAAAAUAGCGUAAACUGCGCUGGGUAUUGCGUUGGGGAAAAAAGAGAAGGUGGAGCGCUGUCCGUUGUACGUGCUGACGCAGUGGGUUUUCUACGUCUGUCCGUCGUGCGUGGUGACGCAGUGGGAUUUCUACGUCUGUCCGUCGUACGUACUGACGCAGUGGGAUUUCUACGUCUGGUCAGCGCUUCCCGCCGCCCCUCCCGCUGUGACGGUGAUGGGUCGGAAGCGGUGUGUCGGUGCAGAUUGUUCCAAGAUGGCGGCCGGGUGCUGCGGGGUGAAGAAGCAGAAGCUGUCAGGGUCCCCCGGGUCGGGGGGUCCUGGCGGGGCGGGGAGCGGGGUAGCUGGGACGGGACACUGCGGAUCUGACUUGGGGAUUGGCUCCUCCUCGACAGUGGCGUCGGGGAGCGUGAAUCGAGUAAACGGCCUGGGGGGUCCUGGGGGUAGCAGUAGCACCAACAACACCAACGCGCUAUCCCCAACUCCCGGAGCCUACAACUCAACCGGCCUCUCCCCUAAUCUCAGCCCCGGAUCUGGUUCGGGCAGCGGUGGUAGGAAGAUGGUCGUUUCAGCGGAGAUGUGUUGCUUCUGUUUCGACGUGCUUUAUUGCCAUCUAUACAAUUACCAGGCUCCCCGAACACCCAGGUUUACAAACGACCCUUACCCGCUGUUUGUCACGUGGAAGAUUGGCCGGGACAAGCGGCUGAGGGGUUGUAUAGGUACAUUUUCUGCCAUGAACCUGCAUUCAGGCCUCAGGGAGUACACACUUACCAGUGCCCUUAAAGACAGCCGCUUCCCCCCCAUGACCAGGGACGAGCUGCCACGCCUCUUCUGCUCCGUGUCUCUGCUCACCAACUUCGAGGACGUGGGCGAUUACCUGGACUGGGAGGUGGGUGUACAUGGCAUUAGGAUAGAAUUUUUCAAUGAAAAAGGAUCAAAGCGCACCGCCACCUACCUGCCAGAGGUUGCGAAGGAGCAAGGAUGGGACCAUAUUCAGACCAUAGAUUCCUUACUACGAAAGGGAGGUUACAAAGCUCCCAUCACAAACGACUUCAGGAAGACCAUUAAAUUGACCAGGUAUCGUAGUGAAAAGAUGACGAUGAGCUACGCUGAGUACAUCGGCCACCGGCAGCAUCAUCACUACCAGAACGGCAUCGGACACCCGCUCCCCCCCUACAACCAUUAUUCCUGACAGCGAGCCGCAUGACCAGUCACUGCACCUCUCUGCGGACCUGUUCCCAGGAGAGCCCGCCCCUUCCUGGUCUAGCUAUCUCUACUACUGUACCAUUUUAUGAUGAUAGUUUCCGUUGCCAUGCCAUCUGUUCUGGACAGUAGCAUGGCAGCGGGUGGCCACAGCAUCAUUUGAUUAUGACGAGAAAAAAAUUUAAAUCUUUUCCUUUUACCCUCCUAUUAAUUUCAUUUUUGCAGCAUUAAUAAUCCCAUUUCUUCCUUAUUUUUAAAAGAAUAAAAAGUAGAUUUUUUUUCCAACAA